AUGGAUAAGAACGACAUAGCGACGUCUGCAAAUGAGACUAUUCCACCCGCGAGUCCCUGCAGAGCACGCCGACGUUUGCUGCAGAGUUUAGUGCUCUCUUUGACAGCUUUAGGUGCACUCUCAAUGGUCGCACAAGUCACUGAUUUGUGGGCCGCCACUUCGGGCUUUCUCAGAGACCAGGACUCUUUCCAUCAAAAUGAACAAAAGCGUAUUCAAAGUCUUGUGGUACAACGUACGAAGGCUCCGUACAAGUAUGACAGCGAAAAAAUUAAGCGCAAAUGUUAUGCUGAACGUGAUAUGGGCAUCAUACCAGCGGUACCACAGGGAGCUUUGACUUUUUGUGCUGAUGGAGGCUGGGAUAGCGUCAAGCAGGUUUCUAUGAGCUUGGAAAACGCCACGAGAGUCACGACGUACAAAGUCGCAGGAGGUAUUUGGAGCACCACAUUUCAGAAUCUGAUGCUGGAUUUAGUUGGAGUUCAAAUUCAUAAACCCAUUGAAAGUAUGGCGAAUGAUGGCGGUUCUCAUGAUCCAAGAUUUCGAUUUAAUCCACGACUUAUCAAUUGCGCGUGUGAUGAGCUGGUUUCUUACUUUACAUCAAUGGCAGAUGAAAAGAUGCGGUGGUCAAAGCAAAUCUGGGAAGCGUUUUUAAGGUUUAAAAAUGUCGAAGUGGUCCCAAAUGCCACCAUUUGCAUGCCACCAACAACGAAAGAUGACGCUCGAUCGUCGUGGGAUUUUAUAAACCACCCGUUCGACCCACCAGAUCCUAACAAGACGUUGGUUUUUGACGAUCCAGUGGUGCUAAUCGCUCGACGUGACGAUCACAAUCCGUUCUUUCAAGUCUCGUAUGCUUUAAAUUCGUGGAUUAUGCUUAAAGGUCUUGGCUGGGAUAUAUCAAAAACGCACGUGAUUCAUCUUGACGGUGGCUACCCUUCACCAAUCGAUACGCUACAUCAAAAACUAUUGGCUCCAAAUCAUGAAUUAAUUGAUGGGAAUUCGCUGAUGGGAAAGCGCAUUCACUUUCGAGGUGAUGUGAUGCUAGCUCCUUUUGAAAUUUAUGGACCUAUGAUGCAGCAUCUGAACAACGAGGAACCAUGCUAUGACUCAAAACUUUUCAAGUCCUUUCGAGCGCAGUCAUUAUUGACGCAGAACAUCACUCCAGAAGUGGAACGCGCACUCGGUGUCGCACGCAUACGGCCAAUGAUCGUGACGGUCAUUACCCGUCGGCCGUACAAAGGACGCUCAUUGCAACGCAUUUGGAUAAAUGAGGACGAGAUUUUAGGGUCGAUGCGAACUGAGUACAAGGAUCUAGACGUGAUGAUUCGCUCUAUAGAAUAUGCAAAUUUGACGCUAGCAGAGCAAAUGAAAACCACCAUCGAGAGCGACAUAAUUAUUAGUAUGCACGGUGCUGGUCUUGUGAACGUAUUAUGGACACGCCAGAUGACGACAGUGGUCGAAAUUUUUCCAAAAAAGCGAUUUCGAUGGGGUUACCGCAAUCUGUGCCAACUAAUAGGUUGUGACUGGCACGAAUUUCGUGGUGGGGAGGAUAUCGGUGGCGAUAAUGACCCCAACAGUAAGAAUAAGCGCAUUCUGUUCGGUGAAUGGAUGAAUUUUUUCAACCCUUUAUUUCGAGAGACCUAUGAUGCCUUUGAAAAGCAGCAGGCAAUUUUACGUGGCGUGGAUUUGAGUCCAUGA